GCCGAGUCGCAUAUCGGCACUCGUAACCUCGACCUGUAUUCGGUUCACUAUUGUGAGAACCACCUCGCACAGCGGUGACGAGAUACACUGGCGCGCGGCUUGAUUACGGGGUUCCGCGCAUCGGUUGCGUUGGCGCGGUCGGUCAGGGCACGGCAAUCGUUGUUCACCAUGGCCUCGGAUCCGGCAGCCGCAGCGGCGACGGCCAAGAAGCCGAAGCUUCAUGGGCGGGCGUUCUAUGAAAGCAUCGGGUCGCCUAAGUACAUCGUUGCGCCCAUGGUGGACCAGUCGGAAUUUGCCUGGCGUAUGCUCUCGCGAUCCUUCCUCCCGGACUCCGAAAAGUCAAGAUUGCUCGCCUAUUCGCCCAUGUUCCACGCGCGACUCUUCGGCGAAGACCAGAAAUACCGCGACCGACACUUCCAGCCGACGAAGCCCGAUUCUGACGCCCUGUUCCUCGACGGCAACCCCGCCAUCGACCGCCCAUUCUUCGUGCAGUUUUGCGCCAAUGACCCGCAGGCGCUAUUGACCGCCGCGAAACUAGUCGCGCCUUACUGCGACGCCGUCGAUCUCAACCUAGGUUGCCCACAAGGCAUUGCCAAGAAGGGCCAUUACGGUUCCUUCUUGCAGGAGGACCAGGAGUUGAUACACCGGUUGAUCAAAACGCUCCACGAAAACCUCGACAUUCCCGUCACGGCCAAGAUCCGUAUCCUCGACACAAAAGAGGCCACUCUCAAAUAUGCACAGAAUGUGCUCAGCGCGGGGGCGAGCAUCCUCACGGUACACGGCCGCCGACGCGAGCAAAAGGGCCACUUGACCGGACUCGCAGACUGGCAGAUAAUCCGCUACCUCCGCGACAGCCUCCCGCCAGAAACGGUUCUCUUCGCAAACGGAAACAUCCUCCAGCACGAGGACCUCGAGAAUUGCCUCGCGGCGACGGGCGCCGAUGGCGUCAUGAGUGCCGAGGGCAACCUCAGCAACCCAGGCAUCUUCGCCGCCCCGCCGCCGCCAGGCCAGGAGCCGCGCGGGUAUUGGCGCGGUAAGGACGGCCGGGGCGGGUGGCGCGUCGACGAAGUCUUCCGCCGUUAUCUCGACAUCAUGCACCAGUACGUGCUGGGCGUGCCGCCGCCGCCGAGACGCCCGCUGUUCGUGCCGGGCGACGACACGGCCUGGCUGGUUGAGCCGAUCACCCUGCCAGGCCAUGAAGACGGCGACGGUGCCGAUGCGAGGCCGAAGAAGCGCCGCAGCGACGUCGCCAAGGAUAACCCGGUGCUUAUAGCCGCUAAUUUCAUAGGCAUGCAGCCGCACCUGUUCCACCUGCUGCGGCACUUCGUCUCGCGCCACCACGACGUGCGCGGCGCGCUCGCCAAGGCGCGGCUCGGCGACAUCGACACGUACGAGGCCAUCUACCGGAUGGUGGAGAAGAAGGUGGCCGAGGGCUUGCUCGAGUACGAGCGGACGGGCGGCAAGAGUGUCGAGGCGGAUGUUCCCGCUGCUGCUGCUGCAGGGGAAGAGGGGGGCCAAGAAGACCGGGAGAGCUCGGCCCGCGCGCUGCGCGAGUGCUGGCGUCCAUGGUGGGUUGUGCAGCCGAUCAUCCGGCCGCUGCCCAAGGAGGCGAUGGCCAAGGGCGCCGUGCAGAUGAGUAAGAAGGAGAGGAAGAGGAUGGCGGCCGAGAUGGAGGGGAAGGAGGAGAAUGGGGCGAAGAAGAGUAAGGAAGAGGACCGGGGAGAUGAGCCUGCUGCUCCUGCUGUUGUUGUUGCGGAGACUGCGGUGGCGACCGAGUCCUUCGAGAAGACGACGAGUUACCCGUCGAGUGCACUGGUCAGCGGGUGAGCAGUCUCCUGGACAGUUUUCUAGUCAACCGCGGUGUCGGCCCCUGCUCUUGGCGAGAUGAGCCCGCGCAAGGAGGGCACGGGCCCUGGACCGCCGUCACGGAGCCUCCGCGUUGCCGGGGGUAACUCAAGGGGUGCGCCCGGCAAGCCAGGUGCUGCCCCUUGAGCGACGGCUUUGGUGCGUCGACGCCCCAUUGCACCGCUAUCGGCUCCGGUUUUGCGAUGUAUUUGUGAACCUCAAUGCAGUCGCCAAAAAGAGAUGAAAUGGGAGUUCUGGAGUCCGGGAAAAGAGCGGGGUGGAGGACAUAUACGCCAGCAACGAUGUGCAGAUGCAAGAUUAUAAUCUAGAACAGCCUGACUACCGUGGUUGGUUCUUGGCAAGUUGACCGAAGACAUUACCAACUGGGGUACCGUUGGAAAAAUGAGCCAUGUGAGUUGUUGUGGCUUGCCGCUGUUACACCGCCUUUGUUCUGCGGAAUUCUCCCGCGUCUACUGUGUG